GUGGUUAGCCGGACCUGUUGACAUCACUUGGGCCUGAUCACCGUCCACGUGCUGCCCAGGCCUGGACCUCGACUCUCCGCCGGCAUGGACGUCCUCCAGACCUCCCCACCCCCCGGAGCGGCAUUCCCGGAUGGUCCCCCCAGGAUCCUGGGCAGCCUGGUGCAGGACUCCGGGCACAGGAAAGCCGUUCCCAAUCACCUCCUGGAAUCAAAGGUUUAUGCCCAAAUCCAGAAAAACCAGCUCAUCGAGGCCACACCUGGAAUCCUGCACUUCGGAGGGUACCAAGUCCACAAACACCACCAGCAGACUCUGAACCUGCUCAAUAUCUCCGAAGACGUCAUCAACCCUCUCAUCUUACCCCCACAGACAAGAUACUUUAGAAUCAAAUACAUUAAAAAGCAGCGACUGGUCCCUGGCUUGUCCCUGUCCGUCCUGGUGGAAUUCAUCCCGGAUGAGUGGCGCUACUACAACGAUUGCAUCCGGAUCCACUGCCAGGGCGAAGACACCUUGAUUGUCCCCAUCCACGCCUACCCCACGCUGGACGGCCUUAGCAUCCCCUCCUACGUCAGCCUGACCGACGUGCCCCUCGGACAGAGCAAACGCUUCGUCAUCCCGCUGAAGUGCAGCUGCCCGGUCGAUUUUGAGUUCCACAUCACCAUCCCCCAGCCCCACCAAGCCUUCACUGUCUGCCCUAUGGCAGGCCUCAUCCCGGCCAACGGGAGCGUGAAGGUGGUGGUCCGCUUCACUCCCUUCCACUACGGGACGGCCCAGAUCAAACUACAGCUGCACAUUUCCCAGUUCAACACCCAACCCUACGUGUGUGUCUUCACGGGAACAUCCGCACCCGGACCACCCCUCAGCAAGGAGGGUCCAGACAGACUCCAGCCCCUGUCCCGGAGGAGGCCUGGGGGUCUGGUGAAGUUGACCGUCCAUCCGUCCCCCCCAAAACUCACAUCUAAGCAACGCCCACCUCCACGGGCCCAGGAAAUUCAGUUUCAGAACUUGCGAUUUCCCUCGGAUUUGUCCAGUCCCUUCUCCGUGGCCGCCGUUUUGAACCAAGAACCGGGAAAGCUGAAGAUCAAGGAUUUGAAAGCAGCCCUGAGCCAAGGCCCGGACGUGUGGCAGACGAGGCAGCUGAAAGAGGCGCGAUUUGAGCAGCGGGCCCGGCUGGACGCCCAGAGCGAGGCCGCCAACCAUCUCAAGUGGCAGGUGCACCUUGGCAAGGAACCCAUCUCGGACAAGUUCAGGCGGGAACUUUUGGAAGAACGGCAGAGGCAGGCGGAGCCGGACCAGGGGAAAAAAGGAGGCCCGGACCUCGAGGAGGAAUUUCAGCGAACCAAGGCGGAAGUCAUCAGCCAGCGGGUCAUCCGGAACUUGAGCGAGGAAGAACCAGCAUUUCCCGCCAAGUUCGACCUCCUGAGCAACAAGCCCUGGGCCAACCGAUACCAGACCCAAAAGCGCUUCCAGCAAGCCGCCCGCAAGGUCCUGGUCCACUGGCGACUGAACCGCAUCCUGGCCUUCUGGCGGGAUCUACACGGCCGCGGGAAGACCCGGGAACCCCAAGACGACACGGACUCUCCCGUGGAGUUGAGCUCCUUGGACAGCACCCUGUUCAACGCCUCCGUGGAGGAAGCGCCCCUCCAGUGGGGCCCGACGCUAAGAAAAGUGCUUCCUUUCGCCUUCCCGUCCGACCUGCCGUCCCAGAUGUUCAAUAUCCUGGCUCCGGAUGGACUGGGCCCAGUCCCUAUCCCGGCUCCGGACGUCCGUCUCAAACAGUCCCAGGCCUUGUUCAACCUACAGGUCCCUCAGCUGUCCAGCCUCAUGGGCUACGUGCCCGUCUGCGUGCAGAAGGCGGCCACCAGCUACAGAGCCCAGAAGCCCUCCCAACCCCUGCAGGGGGGUCCACAGGACGAGCUCAUCCCAACCGCCGGACCACCAGUGCGGGCGUCCAGCCAAGUCCGGCCUGGUCCCACCAAGCUGGGCCUUGGGACCCUUGGGCCCCCAACCACCCUGCUCCAGCCUCCGGACUGCCCACCGCUGCGCAUUUUCAAUCCGUGCCCAGGACUGAGCGCCCCAAAAGCUCCCCUGUCGUACCCGGAGACCACCAUCGAGUAUCACGUGUGCCCGCUCCCCAAGUACGCGUUCACCGGCGAGUGCGCCCACGGUUCCAGUGUCCCCAUUACCCAGCGACGUUUCCUCCAUCACCAGGAAAUCAUCCCCGGAGUCAUGACGUGGAAGACUUUCCCCUCAGUCCCCCUGACCACCUGGCUGGCCCCUUCCAACUCGGGAAGAGACGAUGUCUUUCACGGCUGUGACCGCUUCAACACGGACCUGCUCCCCAUGGAUGCCCCCACCCUCCUGGACCACCUGCCAGAGGAUGCCGCGGAGCACAUCGCAGAUUGGGAGCCCACUGGGCCACUGCCCGGAGACGAUACCCAGGCCUCGCAACUGACCUCUGACCUGCCCCUCGACCUGACUCCGGCGAUGCUGGAAGCAGAAUUCCCCCUGCUCGGUAGCUGCUUGGCCCCGGAGGACAGCGCCCCGGUCCUGCCCGCCGAGUCCCAGGCCUUCUCUGGCUCCUUCGCCUCCAUCCACAGUUUAUCCCAGGAGCCGCUGGGUCCCGGGACCUCCGGGACCCCCAUGUCUGAGAAAGGGGUCCCCACCACGCUGGGCCUAAGGAACCACCUCCUUCACCGCUUGGAGAAGCUGAAAUCUGCCUGCCUUGACAAGAGCCUCAUCCUGGAGUGACGGACCCCCGGGCCUCGGACUCAAGACCCCCAAACCCCCAGGCCUCGGACCCCUAGGCCCCAGAUUCAAGACCCCCAAGCCCCCAGGCCUCAUUAGAUUCAAGACUCCCAAACCCCCAGCCUUCGGACCCCCGGACGCUCUGGAUGCCCAGGCCUCAGGCCCCAAUCCCCCCAGACCCCCAAUCUUCGGACUACAAGGACCCAUGGACCCCAUCAUCGGGACCCCUGGAACCGGGACCCCUCCAAGUUGUGGAGAGACCUUUCCCCAUCCCCCCUGCCCUGGGGCGCCCCAGUUCCUUGGAGACCCUGGAGACGAAAAUGGAGUUUCCAUUUUC